UCUAUAAACUUUUUCCUUUGAUAAUUCGAUACAAAUGUAAAUUUUCAGUCCACCACAAAAGAAGCCUAUAAACAUAGUGGUACAAUGCAAACCAUGUUGUCUAAUGGGUGCCAUUUUUUCAAGGACUAGAUAUCUUAACCCCUCAAAAACAAAAUUUUCACUCAAUUUCUCCACUGAAAAGUCCAAACCCAAAACCCUAAUUCCUCAGAACCUAAUCAAAAUUGGUAUCAAUCCCACUGCAAAAUCCUUUAAUAAACUCCUGAAAAAUGCCUCAAAAACCCACCAUUAUAAACUUCUUCUGCACAUCUACGACCAGAUUUGUGCUAACAGUAUCACCUCUGAUUCUGAUACACAUAAAAUGCUCUUUUGGGGCCUUCUCAAAAUGGGCAGGCUCAAAGAAGCAGAGAAUUUCUUGACCCAACUCAAUGGGUUUUCCUGCAUUGGUGAAAUUUAUCAGAAAAUGCUCUUUUUAGGCUUAUGUAGAGGUGAUGAUCCUGAAAAAGCUUGGAUUUUUAUUAAGGAUCACAUGAUUCAGAGAGGUAUUCUUCCCAGUUCUCUUGGGUUUUAUUUCUUGAUUGUCUGUUUAAUUUAUCAGCAUAGAAUCGAUGAGGCCCGUCAAGUAUUUGAAUUAAUGGUGAAAAAUGGUGUAAUUGUUGAUAGUUUGGUAAUUAACGCAGUUUUGGAUGGUUAUUUUACGGUGAAAAAAUUCAAUUCAGGGUUGGGGUUUUUUGAGGAGGUGUUGGGAAAAGGCUUUAACCUGAAUGCUUCAACUUAUGCCCGGGCUAUGGAAUUGCUUUGUAAAGAAAACAGAGUCGGAGAAGUUGGGGAAUUGGUUUUGAGAAUGGAGAGAGAAGGUUUGAUUGCAGAUUCUGUUAUUUAUACCAUUUGGAUAUCUGGGCUUUUUCAAGAUGGCGAUCUAAUGGGGGCUUUUCGAAAACAUAAAGAAAUGGUAGAAUUAGGGUUUAAGCCCGAUUUGAUCAGCUAUGCUGUUUUAAUUGAUGGUUUUUGUAAGGAAGGGAAUGUGGAAAAAGCCUCGGGCUUUGUACAUGACAUGUGGAACAAUGGCAUUAGGCCAAAUAUGGUGUCUUUUACAUCAAUUAUUGAUAGUCUUUGCAAGAAAGGCAUGUUAGAAGUUGCAAUUCAAUUUUUUCAUAAGCUCGAGGAAUUGGGUUUGCAAGGAGAUGAGAUUACUUAUGCAGCUUUGAUAGAUGGUUUAUGCAGAAACAAUGAUUGGCAAAGAGUUUUUUGCUUGCUGGAGGAGAUGGAAAUUAAGGGAAUUGAUGUAACAGUUAUCACUUACAAUGUUUUGAUUAAUGCUCUAUGCAUUAGAGGUAGAACCUCUGAUGCUUUUGAGAUUUCAGGAGGUUUUUUUGGGGAUAAUUGUACAUGUAGUACCCUUAUCCAUGGGUAUGGGAAGAAAAGGGAUAUGUUGGGUGUAUUGGGAGUGAGGAGGAGAAUGGAAGAAGCUGGUGUCUCACCUGAUCUGGUUACUUGUAAUGCACUAAUCAAGGCUCUUUCAAUGGCUGGGAGCUUUGAUGAAGCUUUUAAAUUAUUUAGGCUGUUAUCUGAAAUGGAUCUUGUUCCAAACUCCAUUACUUAUUGUAUUAUGAUUCAUGGUUGUUGUAAUGUAGGAAAAAUAACUGAUGCGCUUAAGAUAUUUGAUGCAUAUAGACAGUCAGGUUUAGCGCUGAAUAUUGUUAACUAUAACUGUAUUAUAGGGGGGCUAUGUAGAGAGGGAAUGGUAAUGAUGGCAGCUGAAAUCUUCAAUGAAGCUUUAGACAGAGGUUUGGUUCCUGAUGCCAUUACUUACAAGGUUUUGAUUAAGGCAUUGUUAAAGGAAGGCAAAGUAGAAGAAGUUUUGGAUUUUCUUGGACAUUUAGAGGAGUUAGAUAUUGGGUUAGAAGCCUUAAUGUAUAAUCGUGUGAUCUGUUGGUUCUGUAAGCAGCAGCUUUUUAAAGAGGCAUUGGAGGUGAUUGAAAUAAUGAUGAGGAAAGGCUUGGUUGUAUCCAACAAGAGCUACUAUGCCAUAACUAAAGGUCUUCUCAAUAGGGGAAAGAACGGGAAGGUGAGGUUAUUUUUGAGCAGGUUCAUCAAAGAGUAUGGCAUUCUUGAGCCUAAAAUAUACAGGCUACUCAUAAUUUAUCUGUCUAAGAAGGAUGUGAGAAGAGCUAUUCAGCUCUAUGAUGUAAUGACAAGCAAUGGUCUGAAAUUGGCUCUUUCUACAGUACUCUUGAAUGCACUGACAAAAGAAGGAAGAGUGGAAGAAGCGCAUGCUCUUGUCACAAAAGCUGAAGAGAGGGGCCUUUUACUGGAUGUUGUUGCCUAUUCUAUCUUAAUUGAUGCCCUUUGCAAGCAAGGAUCUUUAGAGAGGGCUCUAGAUCUCUGUGCCAGCUUGAAAAACAAGGGGAUCUCUCCAAAUAUAUAUACUUAUAACUCGGUGAUAAAUGGGCUAUGUCAAGAAGGCUGUCUGGUGCAAGCUUUUAGGCUCUUUGAUUCUUUGGCGAAAGAGGGUGUGCAUCCCACUAUCAUUACUUACUCAAUCCUGAUUCGCUCUCUUUCUAGAGAAGGGUUGUUGCAAGAUGCCCAUCAGCUGUUCAAAAGUAUGAUUGAAAAGGAAAUUUCACCGAAUACUAUUGUUUACAACUUAUUGAUACAUGGGUAUUGCAGAAUAGGCAUGAUGGAAGAGUCCUUGAAGUUGGUUCGUGAUAUGGAGAUCAAAUGCAUAGUACCAGACGGUGUGACGGUUUCUGCACUGAUCAAAGGCUUUUAUUUGAAAUGUGAUAUGGAAGGUGCAUUGGGGUGUUUCUAUGAGUUUAAGGGGAGGGGGAUUUUACCUGACUCCUUGGGUUAUGUGAGCCUUAUAAAGGGUCUCUUUGUUAAAGGGAGGAAGGAGGAAUCAAGGAGCAUUGUCAUGGAUAUGCUCAACAAUAAGCCAGUCAUGGAUAGUGUUAAAGCUGAUGUUAUGAUUGAUUCUGAUUAUCUUUCGAGCUAUUUGAGCUUUUUAUGCAGAGAGGGCAACAUCCAGGAAGCCACUGAGCUUCUACUUGAAAUUGAAGCCAUGAUUUUAGCCUCCAAGAGAUGUAAUGGAAACAGGGAGGUGAUGAACCCAAAGCUUAAUGAACUGUGGAAGAAGGAAACUUCGAGAAGGGAAAACGAGAAGUUCGAUUUUGGAACUGGAGCUACCCAUCAUCUGAUGGAGUUCGAUUCAGGCUUGGAAUACAUGAACUUUGGGUUAGAAACUCCAAGGCCGAGAUUGCAUGAGGAUGAUAAAAUAGCUAAUUUUGAUACCUACUAUGCCAUCAUCUCAUCACUUUGUUCAAGAGGGGACAAAGAAGGAACAACUAGAGUAGUGAAAGAAAUGCUUGCGAGCUUUAAGUGAAAAUGAAUGAUCAAGAAUGAAACUGGAUUCUAACCAUGGUCUAAAAAAAUUUACUGACCAUGUUAUAUUAUCAAUCUUGUUGCCAUAGGGUGAUGUAUAGCAUCAACAUGCGAAUUCAUUAAGCGAAGGACCAAAAAGAUUGCCAAAAUGGGAAACAGAUUAAAGAUUCACUGCUGCCUUUAUCAGAUUAUAUUUGGGACUGGUCGACCUAGAUCCAGACAUCAGGUUCCUACUCAUGAAACCAGACCCAAGUCCUUGAUGGGGUGUGCGGGGCACAUGAAUAUAUACACUCCAGACAUCUAUUUAAAUUCCCACGGUUAUUGUUAAAAUUGACCGCCAAAUCAAGGGAAGGGAAUAUAAUUAUGUAUCUCUUAGCAUCAAAUAUCUUUUUCAGUCUCCUAUGGAAACUUUGCAGACGUAUUUGUCCUCAUGAUUCAAGCUAAUUGCUGGUUGUGAAGGUUCAAGGGCAAGCCAGAGAAACCAAGAGACCAGUGAAGCAAAUGUUACCCCAUAUAUGGGUCUCUUCAGUGUUAUUUGAAUAGCUCUCCAAAAGUCAAAAGACCGAGACUCCCCACUUCACCGCCAGUCCAACCCUUUAGUUUUAUUAGGAAUAUACAGAGAGGUUACGAUUACCGCUAAAUUCAUACACAUUAUCAGUUUCCUAUGUACGUUUUAAGUGUUGGGCAAUGUGUGUGAGAGAGAGGGGCAUGGGUUGUGUUGAAUGGUAUUUUUGUUGAACUUAAUUAAGAGGGAAUAAGUAGGACUAAGACUUG